CGCGUUGCUGGAAUCCAAACUUUGGCAGAGCCGAGCCGGGAGGGGGAGGGGAAAGCGGAAGCCACAUUUCGCUGCAAGUUUUGGCUGUGGUUGCUCGUGAGAAGACUGAUUAGGACGAGAGACCGACCUUGUUCACAAUUUUGCUUCUCUCUCCUCUCUCUCUUUCUGCACACACACACAGCUCUCCAACUCUGCAGCCUUGCUGUUGGAAAAAAAAUAAGAAAGAAAGAAAGAAAGAAAGAAAGAAAGAAAGAAAGAAAGAAAGAAAGGGCGAGGAGCCCUCGGCAGGAGAGAGAGGAAAAACCCUCGCACCAAGCAGCCAGCCAACAAAUCUCUCGCUGCAACCUUUACAACAAAAAAGAUCUGCCAAGAAAGAAGCUCCGGUCACCAGCGACCUACCUGCGCGACCGAAAUCGCCGCCCUCCCCUCCCGCGUCCAUCUCCUGGCCGCAUAAGUAGGGGCGAAUGCUCGGCCGCCUCGCACGCCCUGUUGCGAUCCUUUCCAAAUACACAUUCUAGCUUUUUUAGAAUUAUUUUUUUAAGCAAUCGAUCGCAGACGUUUCCACCCAGCAGGGGGGGGGGAAGCGUAGAGGCGGCGGCGGCGGCGGCGGCGCGGGGCAGCUCCUGAGCUCCGCGUGACCAUGCCUCCUAGCUUGGACUCGGGGACUCUCUGGUGACGGCGCAUGUCCCGCUGCGACACCCCCGAACGGUGGUCCUUCGCCCCCCGGGCUCGCCUCCCCCCUCCUGCCGCCGCCGCCGCCGCCGCCUCGCUUUCCGUGGAUCGCUCGCCCCGGCGAUGAGCAGUUAAAGGGCCGCUCCAGGAAUCCGGGACUGCUCAGGCCGCUGGAAGAGGGGCGCCGCUUUCGGAUGAACAUCUCCAUGAGAGAGCCCGUGAUUUCUGGGGCAGGCAUGGCUUACCACCCGUUCCUACCUCACCGGGCGCCGGACUUCGCCAUGAGCGCGGUGCUCGGAGGACACCAGCCGCCGUUCUUCCCGGCCCUGGCGCUGCCUCCCAACGGAGCGGCGGCCCUGUCGCUGCCGGGCGCUCUGGCCAAGCCGAUCAUGGAUCAGUUAGUGGGGACGGCGGAUUCAGGGAUCCCCUUCUCCUCCUUGGGGCACCAAGCCGCGGCUCAUCUGAGGCCCCUGAAGACGCUCGAGCCCGAGGAAGAGGUGGAGGACGACCCCAAGGUCCACCUGGAAGCCAAAGAGCUUUGGGAGCAGUUCCACAAAAGAGGGACCGAAAUGGUGAUCACCAAGUCGGGGAGGAGAAUGUUUCCACCCUUUAAAGUGAGGUGCACUGGGCUGGAUAAAAAGGCCAAAUACAUUUUAUUGAUGGACAUUGUGGCCGCGGAUGAUUGUAGAUAUAAAUUCCACAAUUCUCGGUGGAUGGUGGCGGGCAAGGCUGACCCUGAAAUGCCAAAGAGAAUGUAUAUCCAUCCAGAUAGUCCAGCGACAGGCGAGCAAUGGAUGUCUAAAGUCGUGACUUUUCACAAACUCAAACUGACUAAUAAUAUUUCGGACAAACACGGAUUUACCAUCCUGAACUCCAUGCACAAAUACCAGCCUCGGUUUCACAUAGUUCGGGCCAACGACAUUCUCAAGCUGCCCUACAGCACCUUCCGCACUUAUGUUUUUCCGGAGACCGAAUUCAUCGCCGUCACCGCAUACCAGAACGACAAGAUAACCCAAUUAAAAAUUGACAACAACCCUUUUGCCAAAGGCUUUCGAGACACAGGGAAUGGGAGGCGAGAGAAAAGAAAGCAGCUGACGCUCCAGUCCAUGAGAGUUUAUGAUGAACGGCAGAAAAAGGAAAAUGGAACAUCAGAUGAAUCUUCGAGUGAACAGACCGCAUUUAAGUGCUUUGCCCAGUCGACCUCACCUGCAGUGUCUGCCGUGGGCACCUCUAAUCUGAAAGAUUUGUGUCCCAGCGAUGGGGAAAGUGACUCGGAAAGCAAAGAGGACCCCUCGGAGGCGAAUGACGCCGGCAAAAUCACCACCACCGCGACCACCACCACCCCCGCGGCCGCGAACGGCAGCAACGCCGCCGCCGCCGCCGCCGGCGCGGGAGAGCCGCGGGAGAAGGCGAGCCCCCUGAAGGGGCAGCUCUUUGCUCCGGACUCGGCGGGCAGCCGGAGCAGCGUCCCCAGGGCGGCCCCGGACUCCCGGCACAGCCCGGCGGCCAUCUCUUCGAGCACCCGCAGCCUGGGUGCGGAGGAGGCCAAAAGCCCCCCGCGGGAGGACUGCCGGGCCAAGGAGCCCUUCGCGCCGCUCACGGUGCAGACGGACAGCGCCGGCCACCUGGCCCAGGCCCACCUGGCCAACCUGACGUUCCCGCACGGCCUGGCGGGGCAGCAGUUCUUCAGCCCGCUGGGCAACGGGCACCCGCUGCUCCUCCACCCCAGCCAGUUCGCCAUGGGCAGUGCCUUCUCCGGCAUGGCUGGCAUGGGCCCGCUGCUCGCCACCGUCUCCGGAGCGUCCGCAGGAGUCACCGGGCUGGACAACUCGGUGAUGGCCACCGCAGCCGCCCAGGGACUAUCCGGAGCCGCCGCCGCCGCAGCGGCGCUCCCCUUCCACCUCCAGCAGCAUGUCCUGGCCUCGCAGGGCUUGGCCAUGUCUCCCUUCGGAAGCCUCUUCCCUUACCCGUACACCUACAUGGCGGCGGCCGCCGCGGCCUCGACAGCAGCCUCCAGCUCGGUGCACCGGCACCCGUUCCUGAGCGCCGUGCGCCCUCGCCUGCGCUACAGCCCCUACUCGCUCCCGGUGUCGCUCCCGGACAGCAACGGCCUGCUCACCACCGCCUUGCCGUCCAUGGUCGGCGGGGCGGAGGGCAAGGCGGGCGUCCUGGCGUCCAGCCCGGCCUCGGCGGCCCUGGACUCCGGCUCGGAACCCAGCAGCCGCGCCUCCACGCUCUCCUCCUCGGGCUCGGUGGUCUCGCUGCCCCCCAAACUCUGCUCCGAUAAGGAAUCGGCCACCAGCGAACUGCAGAACAUCCAGCGUCUCGUGAGUGGGUUGGAAUCCAAACAGGACCGAGCGCGGAGCGGGUCUCCCUGAGGCGGGCGGGCGGGCGGGCGGGCGGGCGGGCGGGCGCUUUCCUCCGUCCCCCUCGCCGGGAAGGGGACCCCUCCUCCCCCCUCGUUUCUGACCACUUGCUAGAACUGAGUUGUCCCAUCCGCCGAGGUUGCCCUGAGGGUGGGCGAGAAAAGGAGACCAGGGCGGCGCGGGGGAGACCAGUGGGGGGCUGUUGGGGGGCGAUUGGAAGCUGCUAUUCACCAGACUGUGGUGUCCACUGGAGGGGGGGGGGCGGACGAGGAAUCUGGAAAGGCGACGAGAUGGCCCCCUCCCCGCUGGCUUUCUUUCUGUCUGUCUGUCUUUUGUUCCUACCUGUAUGCAAAGGGAGAAAGACGAGAAGCGGCAGAGAAGCGAUCGCAUUUUUCUUUCUGCUGCCCCGGAGAAGUGACUUUUUGCAUAUCAGUUCAUUAAAACUUCAAAACAAAAGCGGCUGAUUGCGGCCUUGUCACUCUCGCUGAAGGGCGUGGCGGCCCUUUAAGACUGAAGCCAGCAGCCACCCGGUUCCUGCAUGCUCCAUCCUAAAUCUCCACCUCCGGAACCCCUUUCUUCUUUACCUGCUUGUUUUAAGAACCCAGGGACGUCUCCCUCGUCUUUUCUUCUUCUCCCCUUCGCGUGGCAACGAUUCCAAAUGUAGUUAGACGGGGGAGGGACCGUGUUUGUUUGUUUGUUUUGUUUUCCAAGGUCCACGAUUUCCUUGGUGCUGUUUUGGUUUGCAGCUCCCCAUUUUCUUUUUACUGUAUAUGCAAUAACAAGGUUUAUAAACGUAAUAAGGUGAAGGAGAAAAAAGUGGACACUAUUGAUAAAGUAUUUAUGUAAUUAAUGGAUAACUUGUAAAUAAGUGGCGUAUGAAUACUCAAAAUUAAAAUUUAAUUUAUUAAUAUUGUACAUAUGUCUGUAAAUAAGGACUUCAGUGGUUUCCUUUCUGGCUUUUAAGUCGUUUUCAUUUCAAAAUCAGGACCCCUCAAAAAGAAUUCCAAGUUGCAAGUGAGCAAAAUCGAUCAGGGAGGACCUUGUGUUUACAACUGCAAUGUCUUGUUCUGGUUCACAAACCAUCUGGAGGAGGGAAAGUCUUUUGGCUUGGGGUUAUCUCUUUGGGGGGAAACUCGGUGGGUAAAAGGGCUGUAUGAUAGUAUUAUUGUUGGACUUUCCAUUAUUCUAAAGUGCUAACACCCAUCCAUAGAAAUGGUAAAAUAAAUCAU